AUGCAACUCAAGACAGCGGGAUUGACGCCAACGCCGUCUGGCGCUCAAUGGUCACCAGAAAGCGUGGCCGUCGGGGCCUUUCCACAUGCCGCUGCUGUACAUGGCUGGAGUACUGGGUAUGGGUUUGACGCGUUUAGUGAUCCCGAGUGGCGGGAUUCGUCUCUGAGUCCAACCCCUCCGCAACCUGCCUUUUUCGAUACUCCAUUUCUCCAUCCUGAGGACGAGGUUUGGAAUGCAUUCACCAAUCUCGGCUCACCUGAUUCAUCUGCCUCCGAUAUGUCAAGCCCGGGCGUGCUUCUACCCGGUUUUAUCCAGCCUCUGCCAAUGAUGAUGAAUCCAACGACAAUCGAGUAUCUUUAUGUGAAUGGGGUGUUUAGCUUGCCGACUACUCAACUCCAAAAUGCACUUCUGCAAGUUUUCGUCGAUUGUGUACUCCCGAGCAUGCCAAUUAUUGAUUGGCCUGCAUUUAUCAAUGCCGUCUGCAACCGAGAUAGUGACCAUGGAUCCAUGAGCCUUUUCCUAUUCUACGCCAUCAUGGUCUCGGCGAGUACCUUUGUGGAUCUGGGUCAACUUCAAGAGGCUGGUUAUUCGACGCGACAAGAGGCCCAGGAAGCCUUCUAUACUAAAGCCAAGCUUCUCUACCAAGCUGAAUACGAGCCCAACACCAUCACCGUAGUCCAGGCACUUCUUUUCAUGACAUACAGACUUGAAACAGCAGAUGGCGACGACAGCCGAUACUGGUGCUCGAUCGCGACCUCCACGGCCCAGUCCAUAGGUCUCUUCCGAGACGUCGCGGGAGUGAAAAACGUUCGACUUAAUCCGAAGUUCUGGAAACGACUAGCCUGGACCUGCUACACAACCGACUGCCAGAUCGCACUCAGACUCCGAUGUCGCCCAAUAAUUCACAGCUCAACCUUCUGCCAUCAAAUGCUGACGGAAGACGACUUUGAGCUCUAUAAUCUGUCUCCCGAAGCACUGGUCCAGUCUCUCGGGUACCCAUUAUCACACAGCAUCAACGUCCAACAAGACCUCGCACUAAUGUGCAUCGCUAAUGCGACGCUCUGUGUAUCAAUAAGUGAAGUCCUCGACCUGCAAGGCAAAAGUCGUACACAUCAAGGUUCUUUCACAUCCGCCUCGUCCCCAACAAACAGCGAAACAACCGAUCACAAUGCUCGAAUCUCCGCCGUUGAACUCAAAUUAGCAGAAUGGGCAAGCACAUUCCCAUCAUCCAUUCAGACAUAUACCUUCGAAACAAACAACAUUAACGAUGAAAAUACUCUAUCAUUACAACGAAACCUCCUUCACAUGCAAUUCUACACCACCAUCGCCGUAUUCUAUCAAUCACAGCCACUACCUUCCUCUACAUUCUGCGUUCAAUACGCCGCGCGGCAAAUUACUCAGAUCGCAUCAGAUCUAUAUCAAAAGAAACUUCAUCGACGUGUACCGAUCGUCGGCGUGACAGCAAUUCUCGUUGCAUUGAUUAUCCACAUUCCCGGAACAAAGAAAGCAGACCCACAGGAAAGGGCACAGGCGUUUCAAAACUUUCAGCUUGGGUUGGAGGUCAUGGCAGACCUGCAGGAUGUCUACCAAGAAGCCAACCAGGUUAUGACGUGGGCUUAUAAAAUUUUAGAGAAUGUUGUUGAGGUUCCAUUCUCUCAAACUGUGCAGGGUGUUCAUAGUCCGCCGCAGGUUGCUUCUUGUUUGUCUAUGAGCGUGCCACAGGUCAUGUAA